CUGCAGAGCCUCUUACUCUCCGCACGCCCCACACUCCGGUAGGCACAACAUUGACGUGCCCCACCCUAAUGCUGAUACAAGGCCGGCAACUCGCGUCCGCUCGACUGACGGAAGUAACGCAAGGGUUGGCAUUGGCAACGGUUGCCAGGACACGAGGCGAGUGGCGGUUUCCAAGCAUUGGAGCCGGACGGCAGUCAGCGGCGGCCCCGCGACAUGGCGACCGUGUUAGCGCAGCGGGAUGGCGGCGGCACGUACACCUUCUCCAGCCGCCCCCGGGCCCUGCAGGGGAGGAAGAAAUACCGGCAGGAGGAGCAAUGUACAACAGCAUAUUAUGGAAAUAUCAUGUACGACAGAAGGGUGGUGCGAGGAAACACAUAUGCACAGCACACAUUCCCUUUGACAGCCCAGCCUGACCCUAUUGAGAUCCAGCGACAGCAAGAAAUGCAGAGGAGGGCUGUUGCCAGGAGACGAGCCAAAGCUCAGCUGCGAGCCACAACUCCACUACCUAUAGAGGGCAGGAUACACACCGAGGUACAAACAGAAUUGUACUUGGAAGAACUCAGCGACCGAAUAGAAGAAGUCGAUGUUGAUACUCAAACAGAUGCAUUUUUGGAUAAACCCUCAACACCCCUUUUUAUCCCUGGAAAAUCAGGCAAGGAUGUGGCCACACAGAUCGAAGAUGGAGAGCUCUUUGACUUUGACAUUGAAGUGAAACCAAUGCUGGAAGUGCUGGUGGGGAAAACCAUUGAACAAGCCCUUCUGGAGGUUUUGGAAGAGGAAGAGUUGAUGAAUCUACGUGUUCUCCAACGUGACUUUGAGGAGGUUCGCAAUGCAGAGCUUGCAGAAGUACAGCGCAUGGAAGAAAGGGAGAGACGUUACAGGGAGGAAAAGAAACGCCGCAUGUUACAGCAGCAAGAAGUGUUGAAGAAAGAGAAAGAAACUUCAGACAAGAUUGCAGCACGUGCAUUUGCCCAAAAUUAUUUGGCUGAUCUAAUUCCUGCCGUCUUCAGUACACUUCGCAAUAAUGGCUACUUUUAUGACCCUGUGGAGAGAGAUGUGGAGAACGUAUUCCUGCCCUGGCUGAUGGGAGAGGUAAAGAAAACGAUGGACAAGAAAAUUUUGGGAAGGACAAUGUUGGACAUACUUCUUCGUGAUGUAGCAAGAAAUAGAAACCAGUUGUUCAGACACACGGAAACUAGUGGGACAAGGGACAUAUUUGGUAAUGAAGGAAUGACAGAAAUUUGAGAUUUUCUGUUUAUUAAACAGUUCUUUUUGAUUAAUAAACCAUAAAUCUAUGAUUAAAUUAAAUAAUUACUAUAUUUUUGCCUCAUAUUCCUUCAUUCAGUUUUCUUCCUUAUUAAUUAAAAGUGUUUUAGUUUAAGCAAACUUCAGAUAACAAGAGAACAAGAGCAGGGUUACAUAGAAAAAUAGAAAACCUACAGCACAAUACAGGUCUUUCGGUCCACAAAGCUGUGCUGAACAUGGCCUUACCUCAGAAAUUACCUAGGGUUACCCAUAGCCCUCUAUUUUUCUAAGUUCCAUGUACCUUUCCAGGAGUCUCUUAAAAGACCCUAUCGUAUCUGUCUCCACCACUGUCGCCGGCAGCCCAUUCCACGCACUCACCACUCUCUAGAUAAAAAACUUAACAACCACUGAAGUAAGACUCACUGGUCUAUAACUUCCUGGGCUAUCUCUACUUUUUUUCUUGAAUAAGGGAACAACAUCUGCAACCCUCUAAUCCUCCAGAACCUCUCCCAUCUCUGUUGAUGAUGCAAAGAUCAUCGCCAGAGGCUCAGCAAUCUCUUCCUUCACCUCCCACAGUAGCCUGAGGUACAUCUCAUCUGAUCCCAGAGACUUAUCCAACUUGAUGUUUUCCAAAAGCUCCAGCACAUCUCCUUCCUUAAUAUCUACAUGCUCAAGUUUUUCAGUCUGCUGUAAGUCAUCCCUACAAUCGCCAAGAUCUUUUUCCGUAGUGAAUACUGAAGCAAAGUAUUCAUUAAGUACCUCUGCUGUCUCCUCCAGUUCCAUACACACUUUUCCACUGUCACACUUGAUUGGUCCUAUUCUCUCACGUCUCAUCCUCUUGCUCUUCACAUACUUGUAGAAUGCCUUGGAGUUUUCCUUAAUCCUGUCCGCCAAGGCCUACUCAUGGCCGCUUCUGGCUCUCCUAAUUUCAUUCUAAAGCUCCUUCCUGCUAGCCUUAUAAUCUUCUAGAUUUCUAUCAUUACCUAGUUUUUUGAACCUUUCGUAAGCUUUUUCCUUCAUGACUAGAUUUACAACAGCCUUUGUACACCACAGUUCCUGUACCCUACCAUCCUUUCCCUGUCUCACUGGAACAUACUAUGCAGAACACCACACAAAUAUCCCCUGAACAUUUGCCACAUUUCUUUUUUAUGUUUCCCUGAGAACAUCUGUUUCCAAUUUAUGCUUCCAAGUUCCUGCCUGAUAGUCUCAUAUUUCCCCUUACUCCAAUUAAACACUUUCCUAUCUUGUCUGUUCCUAUCCCUCUACAAAGCUAUGGUAAAGGAGAUAGAAUUGUGAUCACUAUCUCCAAAAUGCUCUCCCACUGAGAGAUCUGACACCUGACCAGGUUUAUUUCCCAAUACCAGAUCAAGUACAGCCUCUCCUCUUAUAGGCUUAUCUACAUAUUGUGUCAAGAAGCCUUCAUGAACACACCCAACAAACUCCACCCCAUCUAAACCCCUGUCUCUAGGGACAUGCCAAUCGAUAUUUGGUAAACUAAAAUCUCCUGCCACAACAACCCUGUUAUUAUUGCACCUUUCUAGAAUCUGUCUCCCUAUGUGCUCCUUGAUGUCCCUGUCACUAUUGGGUGGUCUAUAAAAAACACAUAGUAGAGUUAUUGACCCCUUCCUGUUCCUAACUUCCACCCACAGAGACUUUGCGGACAACCCCUCCAUGACUUCCUACUUUUCUGCAGCCGUGACACUAUCUCUGAUCAACAGUGUCAUGCUCCCACCUCUUUGCCUCCCUCCCUGUCCUUUCUGAAACAUCAUAGCUCCAAGUACUGAUCCACACUCUAAGCUCAAACACUUUGUUCCUAUCUUGUCUGUUCCUAUCCCUCUACAAAGCUAUGGUAAAGGAGAUAGAAUUGUGAUCACUAUCUCCAAAAUGCUCUCCCACUGAGAGAUCUGACACCUGACCAGGUGUCAGAUCUCUCCUUGCAUUAGAAUAGACAGAUCUCAAACCAUCGGUCUGAGUGCGUCCCUUCUCUAUCACCUGCCUAUCUUCCCUCUCGCACUGUCUCCAAGCUUUCUCUAUUUGUGAGCCAACUGCCUCUUCCUCCGCCUCUUCAGUUCGGUUCCCAGCCUCCAGCAAUUCUAGUUUAAACUCUCUCCAAUAGCCUUUGCAAACCUCCUCGCCAGGAUAUUGGUCCCCCUGGGAUUCAAGUGCAACCCGUCCUUUUUGUACAGGUCACGCCUGCCCCAAAAGAGGUCCCGAUGAUCCAGAAAUCUGAAUCCCUGUCACCGGCUCCAAUCCCUCAGCCACACAUUUAUCCUCCACCUCAUUCUAUUCCUAUACUCACUGUCACGUGGCACAGGUAGUAAUCCUGAGAUUACUAAUUUUGUGGUCCUGCUUCUCAACUUCCUUCCUAACUCCCUGUAGACUGUUUUCAGGACCUCCUCCCUUUUCCUACCUAUGUCGUUGAUACCAAUAUGUACCACAAACUCUGGCUGUUCUCCUUCGCUCAACAUGUCAUGGACGCGAUCAGAAACAUCCUGGACCCUGGCACCUGGGGGGCAAACUACCAUCCGUGUUUCUUUCCUGCGUCCACAGAAUCGCCUGUCUGGCACCCUAACUAUAGAGUCUCCUAUCACUGCUGCCAUCCUCUUCCUUUCCCUAUUAGCCAAUGGGUGGUUAUGUAUCGUUUUGUUUUCGGAUACCAUGCUGUAUGAUAUGACUGUGGACUGAGUUUUGGCGGGGAGUCGGAGGAGAGACGAGGAGGACCGCGGAUGUGCGGAGAGGCUCCGGUCGAUCACUAAGGGUGGUCCCGAGCCGUGAGCCGAUGGAAUUCGGGUGGUCGUCUGAAGUCGAAUUGAGCUCCAACGGUAGCGCGCGAAGAACUUGGACUUUGGACUUUGAUAAGUGUU